AUUUGAACGGAGAAACAAGUUUAUUUUCGAUUCGUAAUAAAUCGACCAAAACGGAGAAUAAACCGUUCAGUGGUGGUUGAUAACUUUUUUUCUUUGUUAUUUAUUGCAAAUAAUUUAAAAUUUUGUUAAAUUAAAUUGCGUUGUUUUGGCCAAACAAAUUAAAAGAAAUUAAAAUAAUAGAUAACAUUUAAAAACAAAUUAUAAUAAAGUUUUAAACUAAUUUUAACAAAAUUUUCAACUUAGCAAGCGGUUAAAAGUUGUCUCAACACCCCCUCGCCUAAGCAGCCUAUUUAAUCCAAACAAACAAUUAACAUAUAGUGCCUGCCGCUGGAUUUGUUUGUGUAUCUAAAACUCUCCAUUCGUAUUUGUUCAUUGGAUUGAUUCAAUAAAUACAUUUAAUUGUUUGUUUAGUUUGUUUCGUGUGUGUUUGAUUCAACGACUUUGAUUUUAUUACGGAGCAGCAUUUUGUGAAGCUGUGCGAGAACAAUUAUUAUUUGUAUCCAUUUUCAAUUGUUGCUUUCAUACACGGCUUGUUUCGUUUUGUUGUUGCUGUUUUUUUUUUGCUGCUGCUUCUGCUGCCACUGUUAGCUGUGACUGACCAUGGCAUUUUUUCGCAAAUGGAAAACCCACUAUAAACACAAAAAAUUUACAUCAGACGAUGCGAUAGACGGUGAAGAUUGGGGCUUGGAUGUGAAAACCCCCACCAAGGAUGCCAAACAAGUUGAUGAUUUGAAAUUGAACUUUGAGGGCAGUUUGGAGGCCGAUGAUGAGGAAGAUAUUAAGCCUAUAUUUCAAUCGUAUGACAUUAAAUACUUGGGUUGUACACCCAUUGAGAAUAAACGUUCCGAAAAAGUUACUUCGGAGGCUAUAAAAACUGUGAUUGCCAAUGCCAAAGCGGGUGGUAGAAAAAUUAAAACACAAAAACGCGUCAAAGCCAAUAUAUCACAGGAGGGCAUUGAAGUAUUGGAUCAUGCCACCGAUGAUUCUCUCAUGCGUUUCUCCAUUUACAAAAUCUCCUAUUGUUCUGUAGAUGCCUCCAAUGAUCAUGCUUUUUCGUUUGUCAGCUCCGAACCAGAUCCCCUGUCCGAUAAGGAGAAAUUGUCUUGCCAUGUCUUUUUGUGUCCUAAGCGUAAGAUAGCCCAUGAAAUAACUCUGUUGGUGGCACGUUGCUUUGAGAAUGCCUAUCAGAAUUGGCGUGAUACAGUGGUGCAUCAGGGCAAACAUCAGGCCAACAAUAAUAAUAAUUCAAAUAACAACAACAAUAUUGACAAUAGUGCUAAGUUCGAAGCCAAAAAUAUCCUUAAAGAACAAAAUGGUUUUGGUGUCAUAGAAUCCAAAGCUGAGAUACACUAUAACACAACUUCGGCCACUGAACCGAAGAAAGUGGAUAAUCCUCUUAUCGAUUUAGCUGCCAACGAUAAUGAUGUGCGAAAGUAUUUACAGAAUACUUGGGUAUCAUUCGAAGAUGAUCAAGAGCAGGCUCAUCGUAUGGUGGCCUGUUGAAAGUUUGUCAAACAGUUGGCAGAGGAGGGCACGAUCAAAUACAUAGAUGUUUUGUAGUUAUUUUAAGUGAUAAUAUACUGUAUACCUAAAAAAUUGUUUCGCUUUUAAAUUUUAGUUUAAUCUUUAAGCAAAAUUUUAACAUUUUGUGCAAUACGUACGUACGUACAUACCAUACAUAAAUAUAUUUUUGUAUAUAAUUUAUAUAAAUGAAAAUUUUAAAAUAUAAACUUAAAAUCCAUUUUUUUUUUAAAUAAAUACAUUUAUAAUUUAAA